CCACACCCAGUGCCGAUCCCCACUGCCUGGAGCCAUGGCAUCUACCUUCGAGGGCGUGAUCAAGAGGGUGGUCCGGGAGCUGGACCACGGCGGCAAGCUGACCCCCGUGGACAGCCUGCAGAGCUCCGCCGGCUUCCAGCCCUACUGCUUGUUGCGCAGGAAGUUCCCAAUGUCCUGGUUCCAGAAAGCCCGCUACACGAGCAUCAACCUGUCCAUCAGGGACAUUCUGGAACCUGGUGCCCCAGAGCCAGGUACCCCGUCCGCUGGGAGGGGAGGGAUGGCGGCCGGCUGCCCGCUCCACGCCUCUGGGCUUUCUGCCUUCAAACGACAGGGACUUUUCAACCCUCUGCGCGGGCGGGGCCGGUGGCCGACGGGGGGACGGGGCCUCAGCUCUGGUCUGGCUCUAGAUGUGAAAGAAAGCACGCCCAUCCACGUCUUCGACUGCACGGACGGGGAGGCACUGGGCGGCGGGGAGCUGGAAGCCGCAGGACAGGGGAGGCUCGCGGUCAAGGCGUCGGUGUCCGAGUACCUCAGGAUCUCAAUGAAAGUGUGCACACGGCAAGUGGACCCCAACGUCUGGGACGCCAUGAAGCGAGAGAGGUCAACCACCUGCCACAGGCGCCUGCGACGGCCCGAGCACAUGGUCCUGCGGCAGCUGCGCAACUGCAAGAGCGACGUGUUUGUGGUGACAGAGGUGCUGCAGACGCAGGAGGAGGUGACGGUCAGCCAGACCCAGAAGCACGAGGGCUCCGGGCAAUUUGCGCUGCUUGGAGCCUUAUCUUUCCAGGGCCAAGGCCAGGACCGCCGGAGCCGGAAGAAGAAGGUCAGCAUCCCCGCGGGCAGCGUCCUGGCCUUCCAAGUGGCCCAGCUGCUCAUUGACCCUGACUGGGAUGUCCUCCUCUACUGGGACAAGAAGGGCAAGAGGCAGAAGACUUUCAGGCCACCCAACGAAGACCGCCAGCUGGUUUUUGAAAGCCCCACAAGCGACCACCAGCUCUCCGGAGGCUUAAAGUUACAGUCAGACGGGUGUGCUGAGGUCGGUCCUGCAUUCACGGGAGACUUCCAGGACCUGCAGGCAGAGGUGGGGGCCCAGGCCCAGGCCCUGCAGGGCUUGUCCCGGGAACUGUGCGGGCAGCUGCUCGCGGGCUUGGCGCAGGUGCUGCGGGAAGAGCGGGCCUUGCAAACUCUGGAGGACGAGCUGGAACAGGGCCUGUGCUGUGGGUUGGUGUCUACCCUGGAGGGUCCAGCGGGCGCCGUCCUUGAGUGCCUCGUGCACAGCUCCGGGGAGCUGGAAGGGCAGCUGGCACGCCCUGUCCUCUACCUGGCGGAAGCACUGGCCGUGCUGACUGAGACCCAGCGUGCGGUGCUCAUGAAGAUGCUGGAGACAGGAGAGCUGUCUGGGCGGUUCGACCUGCAGGUGGGGAGCGUCUUGGCGCAGAGCAGCCCGUGGCGGCAGCGUAGGGACGUGUCCCUGCCGCCAGAGCUCCUGGGGAGCGGCUGGGGCCCGGAGACGCCUGCCUGGGUACUGCUGGAGGAAUGCGGGCUGGAGGUGCAGGCGGACGCCCCCCAGGUGCGCUGGGAGCCAGAGGCCCAGGACCGCACCUGCGCGCUCUUCUCCUGCCUGGCGCUGCUGCUGGGGCUGAGCCCGGACAGCUGCUGGGGCUGAGCCGCUCGCCGGCUCCCCUGGGCAGCUGCAGGGGCACGGGCGUGAGACACAGCUCCAGCCCACCCGGC